AUGAAAUUCUUUAAUAUUGUUUUUAUUGGUCUUGCUGCUUCAGUUGGAGCAAAAUCUAUUGUUAGUCGUUCAGCUGGAUACGGUGAUGAAGCUGUUACACCAGCCCCAGCACCUCCAGCUCCUGCUCCAGGUUAUGGCGCUCCAGCUCCAGUAGCACCUGCACCAGUUGAAACUGUUGUUACAGAAACCAAACAAGAAUACAAUGCCGUUGUUGAACCAGCAAAAGUUGAACAAUCUGGAUAUAGAAAGAAGAGAGGAGCUGCAUAUGGUGAUGAAGCUGUUACUCCAGCCCCAGCACCAGCUCCAGUACCAGAAGCACCAGCACCUGGAUAUGGUGCACCAGUUCCAGCUGCUCCAGCUCCAGCACCUGUUGAACAAACAGUUACAGAAACCAAACAAGAGUACAAUGCCGUUGUUGAACCAGCAAAAGUUGAACAAUCUGGAUACAGAAAGAAAAGAGGAGCUGCAUAUGGUGAUGAAGCUGUUACACCAGCCCCAGCACCAGCUCCAGUACCAGAAGCACCAGCACCUGGAUAUGGUGCACCAGCUCCAGCUGCUCCAGCUCCAGCACCUGUUGAACAAACAGUUACAGAAACCAAACAAGAAUACAAUGCCGUUGUUGAGCCAGCUAAAGUUGAACAAUCUGGAUACAGAAAGAAGAGAGGAGCUGCUUAUGGUGAUGAAGCUGUUACACCUGCCCCAGCACCAGCUCCAGUACCAGAAGCACCAGCAUCAGGAUAUGGUGCACCAGCCCCAGCUGCUCCAGCUCCAGCACCUGUUGAACAAACAGUUACAGAAACCAAACAAGAAUACAAUGCCGUUGUUGAGCCAGCUAAAGUUGAACAAUCUGGAUACAGAAAGAAGAGAGGAGCUGCAUAUGGUGAUGAAGCUGUUACUCCAGCCCCAGCACCAGCUCCAGUACCAGAAGCACCAGCACCUGGAUAUGGUGCACCAGCUCCAGUUGCUCCAGCUCCAGCACCUGUUGAACAAACAGUUACAGAAACCAAACAAGAAUACAAUGCCGCUCCAAGCCCAAGUGUCCCAGAAACUCAACCAUCAGGAUAUUAA